AUGGGCGACGCAGGUUCUACGUCCUCAAUAUCGAGGGUUGCAGUGAUUGGGGCUGGUCCGGUCGGGGUUUCCUGUGCGAAAUACCUCCUUGCUGAAAAGGCCUUCGAUACCAUAGAUGUCUACGAGCAGCGUGACGGUGUAGGUGGAAUAUGGAAUCUUUCCGAGCCCGUGCAAUCUAGACAGAUUUCUGUGCCCCAGGUCAACCCCCGAUAUGGCCAUCAAGACUCCGGUGCCGAGUCACUGGAGUUUGAAUCGCCCCUGUACGACUAUCUGGAGACCAACAUCCCAAAGCAGCUGAUGGCGUUCUCUGACAAGCCAUUUUCGGACGCCGACCCCCUGUUUCCGAGCCACCAGGCUGUUCUUCGAUAUCUGGAAGAGUACGCCGCUGACGUGCGCCAUCUGAUCAGGUUCCAUACCGCUGUGAAGGACUUGACGUCGACUGCCCCUCAGGCGGAGGGACACGGGCAAUGGAACCUUGUGGCCGAAGACGUUCAUACCAAAGAGACAACGCGGCAUGUUUAUGAUGCAGUGGUGGUCGCGAAUGGUCACUAUACAAUCCCCUACGUUCCGGAUAUCAAGGGCAUUGCUGAGUGGAACACCAUCUACCCGGGGACCAUCAUUCAUUCCAAGGCGUACCGCAGACCAGAGGACUAUCGGGACAAGAAGGUCCUGGUGGUAGGAAACUCUGCCAGUGGUCUCGACAUCGCCACCCAAAUUGGCACAUACUGCAAAACUCCUAUAUUCCUGUCUGCCCGUUCCGUGUCUGCCUUCGGAACCCUACCACCAGCCGAGUGGCGAGAGGAUAUCGACGAGCUUGUGGAGUGCCUCCCGGCCAGCGAAGGUCACCGGGCGUUGAGAUUUAAAAGCGGUAGAAUAGAGAAGGACUUUGACGCUAUUGUCUUUGCGACUGGAUACUUUUAUUCGUUUCCCUUUCUGUCACAGCUGUCGCCACCAUUGAUCACUGACGGAUUCCGCACAAGAGGGCUGUAUCAACACUUGUUCCAUAUCAACCACCCUACACUUGCGUUCCCAGUCAUCAAUCUCAAAGUCAUCCCGUUCCCACUGUCUCAAAACCAGGCCGCUGUCGUUGCCCGCGUCUGGAGCGGUCGGCUCAACUUACCAUCGAAGAGCGAGAUGCAGAAGUGGGAGCUUGACAAUAUCGAGAAGAACGGGGACGGCAAGUAUUUCCAUCUCAAAAAGUUUCCCCAAGACGCCGCACAGAUUAACGAGUUCUACGACUGGGCCCAGAAGGCGAGCAAGAGAGACGGUCUCGAGAAUGGGGGCGUAGGCCGGCUUGGGACAAGAUGGGACGAGAGACAAGUGUGGAUGAGAUCGAAAUUCCCAGAUAUCAAGGCCGCCUAUCUCAAGAGAGGAGAGGCCAAGGUCAAGGUCAGAACGAUGGAAGAGCUUGGGUUUGAUUUCGCAGAGUGGCGGAAGGGCGCCGAGGAGAAGGACCUCACGGUGUUUCGGGAGGCCAAGUGUUGA